GUAAAUAUCAUCUUACAAGGAUAUGGCGGUUUUGUGCGUGUUGCUUUUGUUGUCAGUCGCACACGCAUUACUGAUAGAAGUCGAACAUGUCAAAUUGCCUCAAUAUCAUACUUAUGGUAAAAAUUUGGUUUUGGCUGGCGGUCAUCUUGAUGUAGACAACACCGAAAUAUAUAAGACCAUCGUAGAACUUGCUGGAGGAGAGAACUAUGCUAAGAUUGGGAUCGUCACUGCGGGUUCUGCUGAUCCCGCGGACAGCUGUAAUUACUAUUCUGACUUAUUCCUGCAUCGUUAUAAGGCCCUGUCUGUCUACUGUAUACCAAUAGACGUCAAUCAUACUUCCAAUAAUUUCAAUGAUACUAUUGUUGAAAAAAUAAAACAACAAACAGGAUUCUUCUUCGGAGGGGGAGAUCAACAGAGAAUUAUCGAUUCAUUACCUCUAUAUAGAUACUAUUUUCUAAUGGCUACUAUAAGGGUUCCAGUAAUGAAAGCAAUAACUGAUCUAUUUGAUGCUGGUGCAGUUAUAGCUGGAACAAGUGCAGGCACUGCUUGUCAAUCAUCAGCUGUCAUGAUCAGAGGUGGAAUGAGUUGGGAUGCUUUGCGAUACGGGGCUUUUCAGUCUGAAAACAAUGAUCAUCCAGAUGAUUUGAUAUACAACAAGCAUGGCGGACUUCGUAUGUUGCAUGGCUUUAUCCUUGACACACAUUUUAGUCAACGUGGACGAGAAGGUCGUCUGAUCAGGUUGUUAUCAGACACCCGCCAUUUAUAUAAUGGUGUAGACUGGGGUAUUGGUGUGGAUGAAAAUACUGCACUCGUAGUAAGGCAUGCUGGAACUAGUCAAGCUGAAGGGGAGAUUAUAGGGGAAAAUGGAGUAUUUUUUGCAGACGUGUCUAAUUCCCAUGUAGACAACAGCACCAAGUAUUUCAGCAUUGACAAUGUAAUGGUUCACUAUCUGACUCACGGUGACAAAAUAUUCCUUCAAAACAAAACCAUCAAGUUUUCUCCGACCAAGAGCCAAAUGAAGGGGCAUGAGAAUUAUGAUCAUGCGUUAACAACACAAGAUAUAUUUGGCGGGAACAGACGUCACCCGACACAGAAGUCUGAAUUUACAAGAGUCGCUACCAGUAUUUUUGAUUCUCGGUUGGAAACAAGCAGUUAUGGUGAUACUUAUGAAAAUAAUCCAAGAUUCAGAGUUACGAUGUCACGAGCAGUUGCUGGGGCUGUGGGAUUUGUCGAAAGAAAACAUAGUUUUCACACAGAUAUUACGUCAUACAGAAAUCUACAUGUGAAAAUAGACUCUUCGCCAUAGAUUUAGUCUGUUUGUUUGUUGCAUCUUGAUAAACACUGUAGAGCUC